UUUUCCUUUCCUGGUUCCUUCUCUGUCUCUCUUUCCCUCUCUCGGGUGUGAGUUAAUUUAUAGUAAUUUUUUCGGUUUUUUAACGCGAAGGAUUUUGUAUCAAUUUGUGAUAUAAACAUGGCUGAGCGACAACCGGUGGAUCAGCAGCACCAAAUCGAUCCACAUCUGCAAUCCUCGCCGCCGCCGCCGAGGGACGAAAUGGUUGCGUGCGUGAUGGCACUAGAGGCUGCUUUGCUUCCAUGCUUGCCUGCGCGAGAGCUUCAAGCUAUAGACCGUUCUCCACACCCUUCUCAUCAGAUUGAUGUGGAAAGGCAUGCAAGAGAUUUUAUGGAGGCUGCGAAGAAGCUUCAGCUGUAUUUUAUUGGCCUGCAACGUGAGGAUCAGCCAACAAAGGGUGAGACACUUAGAAAGGAGAUUGCCAUGAUGGAGGAAGAAUUGAAGAUAAAGACUGAGAUUAUAAAGAAGCAGGAGAGACUGAUCCAAGGGUGGAGAAAAGAGUUGAAAGACCAGUUGAACAAACACAACAAUGAGUUGAAGAGGGUAUAGUGUGUAGUUAGUGCAUCAUGCUCCUGGCUACUUAGCCACUUACCUUAGGAUUGUUACUAAAAGCUAAUGGUUUCUUUUUCCUUUCUUUCUUUUUGAAUUGUAGCUUGUAAAAAUCGUCAUUAAAAAGAUUUAUUGAAUCCUUAAUGGCUAUAAAAUCCAAGUGUUGCAUGGU